CUGCAAAGAAAAUCUCCUCAGAAUCCGCAACGGUCGAAUAACUAUGAGCAGCUCUAACGGUAACAUCCUCGGCGACGACAGGAAUUACAAGGGCGUUCGGUGCAGGAAACAGGGCAAAUGGGUGUCGGAGAUCAGAGUGCCGGGAUCAAGAGACCGGCUUUGGCUUGGCACUUACAGAUCGCCGGAGGCGGCGGCGGUGGCUCACGACACCGCCUUCUUUCUUCUUCGCGGUCCGUCUUCCAAAGGACUGAACUUCCCUGAUCGAGCGGCUAAUAUGCAAUGGGUGAGCUUGUCGCCGAGGUCUGUGCAGAGAGUGGCGUCGGAAUCCGGCAUGGAUUUUGAUGCGAAGUUGAUUGGUCAGUCGUCACAAAUAUUUGAGAGAGAAGAGAGCAGUAAUGGCGAUGGAUUUGGACCAUCUGGUGAUGGGAGCUUAAAUUAUGAUGGAUAUGAAGAUAUAUCUGUUGAUGAUAUGGAGAUAUUAAUGUAGUUUUUAUAAAAAAAUAUGUCCUCUGAUAUCAUGUUAUGUUGUAUUUAUUAAAGUGUUAUAAUCAUUGAUCGGAGAAUUAGACUUUUUUUG